AUGGAAGCUAAGGAUAAAUAUAUUGAAGAACUGCAGCUUAGAUGUGAUGAGAUGGAACAUAGAUUCCAGAUUGAACUGCAAAGGCUAUCUACUGAGGUCAACGAUAAAACAAGCCAUAUCGCUAGACUAAAAAGGCGCACCCAAGAUUUUGAAGAUAGUGCUUUUGAGGCGGAGAGAGAACUGGAAUACAGAAUGAAGAAGCAGAGUGAUGAAAUACUAUCACUUAAUAAGAACAUAGUGGGCCUUUUAGGCAAAAAUUCUGACGCCAUUAAGAACAUCAAGGACCUUGAGGACAAAAAUGAAGACAUGGUUAAAAAACUCCAAGAUUUAAAGAAACUACAUUCAGAGUUACUUACUAGCAUUGACAGUCUGGAAAAGGAAAGAGAUUAUUAUCUGAACGAUUUAAAGGCCUGCAAGCUUGAUUGCUUCAACAUUCAAACGGGUUUACAUCGCGAAAAAUCACAUAAGGAAACCCAAUGUUAUUCAAGUACCUUCGUUGAGGACGCACCUAUUGAAACUGUGCCUCCCGACUCUUCCGCACCUCAGGUCUAUGGAACCAGAAAAAUCCUAUUUUUGUCAGAUGAACAAAACAGAUACAUGGCCAACCCUCUUCGUUCUGAAUUAUCCAAAGUGUCCAACAAAAAACUCAAAAUUGAACAUAUUAUUAAAUCAGGUGCCCAGUUCAGUGGUGUUAUUGAUAGUGUAAUUGACUUAUCUCAGAAUUUUACUAGUUUAGAUUUCAUUAUUAUAGCAGCGGGGUCAAAUGACGUUAAAUGGCAAUGUUCCUCUUAUAAAAGGAAUAAUUGA